GUCGGCAAGGAGAGCAGGAUCCCGGCAACAUGCUGCAAGCGAUGCGACGAAGCUCCCGAGUCCAAGCCAGGGUCGAGGCUUCUGCCGACGAGCCGCCGAGCCGAGAGGCGUCGCCCAGCCCCGAGCGCAAGCCGGCCAUUCGCGCUAAGGCGGCGCCGCAGCACCCGCGGAAGGCGGCCUUGAAGAAGCCCAAGCAGACCAAGCAGGUCGCGGACGAUGGCAGCGAAGACUCGGACGUGGACAUUCUGCGCCAGCUCAAGGACACGCGGCCCAUCAAGAAGCGCGUGACCAAGCGCAAGGAAGCGUCGAGUGGCAUCAAGCUCCUCGACAGCCUCGACGCGCUCCUCGCGGCCGACAGCGCCGAAGUCGAGAAGAAGAAGGGGCACACGCGCAAGCUGCAAAAGAUCAUGCAAGAGAGAGACGAGAUGAAGGAGCACGAACCCGCCGAGACCGAGCAGUUUGGCUACGUCUUUGAGCCGAUGACCGAGCCGAUCCCGCUGCCCCGUUUCCAGAGCGUCAAAACGGACGACGCGGACCUGGCUCUUCUCUACGACGCAAUCGCCAAGGUCGCAGACGACGUCGAAGAGCUCGGUUCGCUCCUCCACUCCAAAAUCCUGCUGCUCUAUCUGCAUGAAAAAUGCGGGCUCGUCGAAGCGCCGGUGCCAAUCACCGCGUAUCUCUUCGCCCUUGUGGGUGGCCACCCGAACGACCACAUUGUCCGCGGCGCCUUUCUCAACCUCUUCCUCCUCCUGACGCCGGCCACGGGCGACGUCGUCCAGUUUACCAGCGGCCUGCCGUCGGCGCUCCUCGCGCUGCACGCACCGCUGCCGAUCGGUAUGGCAGCCAAGUGCUUGGAACUCAACCAUUUCCUCGCGACCUUCCGGCUCUAUGGCUUCCACGAGACGAAGCGUGGACUCAGCAACGUCCAGCGUGCAUCGACGCGCGAGACAGCGACGGCCGAUGCCGCGCUGCCGUUCCCGUCGCUCAACAUGGAGUACACGGUCAUGGUCUUCAUCCUUGCGCUGCGCACGGAGAGCAUCAAGCUGCCCGACUACGACACGUUUUGCGCCGUCGUUUUCUUUCUCCGGCUGCAGUUCGAGACGACGAUCCGCCCGCAGCUGCUCGAGCUCACGUCGUACGCAUUGGAAGCGCUUCUGGAUCAGUUUACACCGCGCGAGUGGCGGCGCGACUAUGCGCGCAAGCUCAUCAUGAAGAUCGCAAGCGGCAGCGAAGGCUUCUUCAAGUCGGCGGCGGGCUGGCUCACGAUCGCCCGGCGCCUGCCCCGCACGGACCGUGGCACGCAGCUCACGACCGGCCUGGCUGUCUACGUCCUGCAGCACCGCAUUGACCAAGAGAGCGCGGCCAACGAAGAGCCGCUUGAGUUUCCCGUGGGCUACCACAUUGUGAUUGACAUCGUCGCGUCGCUCGUCGACUCGCUCACGCAGACGUAUGCGAAUAACAACGUACAUGUGACCGCACCGCCCUACGAAAUGAUUUGCACCAAGAUUGGGCUCAUGGACCUCGCACUCCAAGCCUACUUGAACGACGCCAAGACCCAAGACAUUUCCCUGCUUUUAAGCAAGCUCGACUUGCUCGCGGACGCCAACAAGGCGAUGCAGUGUGAAGAAUGGCACCAGCUCAAGACACUCGUGAGCUUGAUGCACCGCAAGUAUGCGCCCGAGCACCUCCGCGUCGGUCGCUCCGAGCCCCCGAAAGCGAAGAAGCCCCUCGUCUUUGAUGAGUAGUAGAUUCGACACUACAUGCACGUCUGCAUGGAAGGCUCGCUAGCACAAGUUGUAGAUUGCUCGCAUCAUAAUGUGCUUUUUAUU